GAUUUAGCUGAAGUAGAACUCUUUGUUUUCCGUCUAGGGCCCAUGUCUGCUAUAUGGUAGUAAGAGACCAAGAACACCCAGCUUUAAAUUUUUGGUUGAGAACGAAACGAAGACUUAUGGCAACUAAUACAUCUCCGUUUCAGCCUAUAGAAGCUGUAAAGGCAAAUAAGCACAGUUCUUUUUAUGGUCUCAUAAAAGCCGUUGAGUUAGACCUAAGAUUAGGUCACCAGUGGACCGAACUGAAUCUUCAUAUGAUUGACAAUUCUAAGGGCCAUGCUCGACCACUCUUUUCUGGCAUUCCGGGAACAAAACUACUAAAGAAGAGAACUAAUCUUGUUCUGCCAUUGUAUCUGCACGAAACAGUGUCAGUUGAGUUUCUUGCCUCAGUUUUCGAUUCAAUCAAAGAACUCAAAAUCAACAAACCAAUUGACGAACGUGGUUUGGAAAAAACGGAGCUUUACCUUUAUUUAGGAAUUAUGUGCGAAGAUUCAACUAUAAUUUAUUACAAAGUUACAGACGGUUUAGUAAAGCCUAGACAAAACGACGAGGAAUAAAUAAACAAAACGAAGCGCAUCCAUCAUGAGAGGGUGCAAUAUAUAUUAGUCUAUGUAUCCUUUCUCUUUUUGUUGUCAUUUAUAAACACUUGAUAAUUGCCUAUAAUGAACUAUACUAUGGAAUUCUCAACUCCAUCGUAGGUUAAUUGGUUAAUAUAAUCUAUUACUAGUAUAUCUUUUCUGGACAAGCACAUCUAUCCAAUGUUUUUUCGGGGUAUGAAUUACAACGCUGUUUAGUGUCGUAUGUAAAAUACAUAUUGUACAAACAUGAAGACACAUCAGACCUGCUGAUUGUCAAUGAAAAAAGAUCGGACUCAGCUAUAAUUCAGUUAGUAACGCUGACUGAAAAUGGAGUCUAAUUCCACAUUGGUUAAAGUAUCACUUACUCCACCGAUUGUAGAACAAUGCUGGACUCUCGACAAGCUGGAACAAAGUGUUCCUGAUGCUUUUUUCUUUCUGAAAAGGUUCCGUUCUAAUGAGUCCAUUGUAUGGCCAAAGUUUGCAAUAAUGUGUAGUAUUUUCAGAAAUCCACAAACUCUGUCGAUUGAUUUGGAGCUUAUUUUGUUCUGCAACUGCUAUAAAAGCCUUUUCAAGUUCGUAUAUUCCUUGAUGUUUGAACUCGCACUCAUAUGUUGCUGGAGCUGCAUACAUGUUUGAUGCGAGAAAUGAUUGAAAUAGAUUUCUGGAGUAAAAGCAUUAGUAAUUGAUGCACUUCAAUGAAGUUCUCAAACUUACUCUCUGAUGUCACAAUGAAUCUCGAUACCUGGUUCUAUGCGCCAUAAGACAUCAAAAUUCUGUAGAAAGUCGUUCCGUAAGAAUGUAUUCAGCAACCAUCUGUUGUAGUUGCGAAAAGAAACAGAAUCGGGGUAUGAAAUGUUUUCCUCUUGAGAUUUUGCCAUUCCUUGUUCGAGGAGGUGAUUGUCAAUGUUAUUCAAUGGGAGUUCAAUAUUGGCGGCAGUAACUAGACUUGUUAGUCACAGUUACGUGUCGUUAUAAAGUACCAUAAUUGCAGUCUCCAGAAGCAAACGAAAUUGUGUA